UGGUGUGACAUCGUUGAACAUUAUAAUGUUUAUCAGAGUUUCUGCAUUGUUUCUUUUUGUUCUAAUGAGGCUGACCACUUUCUCCUAUGGACAUUUGGUGAAAAUGGGUGAACAACACAGAAGCAGCGAGACGGAUGCGUCGUCAGAACACAUGCCAGAGAAAUCACUCAAAACUUCAACCACUUCACAAUAUCCUGGACAAUUGUUCCCGACUACACCUCUAAGAAACAAUCUAUCGACAAAUCCAUUUUCAGUGCUUCAAACAACAGUUCCUAACCCACAAAUGAAUUCAUCUAAAACUACUUCUAAAUAUCGUUUGUAUUGUUCCCAUAGUCAGCUAUUCUACAAAGAUACCUGCACUGAAAGACCUACAAAAGCUUUUCCUAUCAGAACAUCAAAUACACCAAUAGAACCUAGCAAAGAAGAAAUUCCCUAUCCAGAUGAUAGAUUUUCUAUUAAUAAAAACUUUUCAGAGGACCUAGAAGAGAUGCAUGUUUUCGAUUAUUAUAGGAAUGUGUUCCGAAGAGUGACGUGCCUAGACGGCUUUCAGUAUAAGGAUGGGUAUUGCGUUUAUGCAGAUAUCAAUUCCACUUUGAAUGUGAAAGCUACAAUUAUCAUUAACCGCGAUCCUUUGACUGGAAGAAGAAAAGAAUAUUCGAGAAAAUCUUUAUUUAGAAUAGCUCAAUUACUUUACAAAACAUUUUUCGUGUUUAAACUUUCUCGGAUUCUUCAAAUUGAUAUUUAUCAAAAUGUAUUUAACUCGUCCGAGUUAAAGAGAAGUCAGUCUCGAAUGGAAUAUCGUUUUCGCUUUGGUAGUGAUAAUCUGGAUAAAGGUAGGUUCACACGGGUGAAACAUUUCUGGAUUUCUUCACGAAAUAUGGGAACAGAUCUUGUCUAUCCAUUCUCGAAAAUAUUAUUUUGUCCGAUGAUUCGACUUGGCAAGAAUGAGACAUUCAUUAACAAUAUAUCUCAACUUUGUCUACGUGAGUUCAAUGUGUGUUUUGAUUCUAUUCAGUAUUAUAUUUCUGAGUAUAUUCAAGUAUGCAAAGAUGAUUAUCUAUCAUUGUUGGAUAGUACAAAAUUGGUAAAAGCAGUACUACCUCCAUACAAUUACAGACCUGAAGGUUAUUUAUCUCUGGCAAUUUCGUGUCUAUCGGCAUUUUGUCUUUUAAUCACUCUUGCAAUUUAUACCAUUUGUCCAGAAUUACGAACUUUGUCCGGCAAAUGUAACAUGUUUCUGUGUUUGUCGUUGAUGAUUGCUCAGAUUAUUUUCGGGUUUGGCAUGCCACUCAACGAGUUUCCUUUGCUGUGUAAAAUCUUAGGGUUUUUUAUUCAUUACUUUUGGUUAGUAAGUUUCUUCUGGAUGAGUGCGUGUUCAGUGCAAAUGUUUCUUUUGUUUGGACGUUUGAACAUAAAUAACAUGAUUAGCAAUUCAAAGAGGCUUUUAAAAUAUUGUUUGUAUGCUUAUGGAACUCCCAUCCUCUUGACCGGAACAAAUAUAGUGUAUUCUACUCUGUCAUCAAAGGGAGAAAAUUUUGGGUAUGGUUUGGAUGUCUGUUAUAUAACAUACCCAAUCAUGAUUUUGGUCACGUUUGCUGUACCAGUGUUUCUUAUCAUAUUUUCAAAUAUACUUACAUUCGUUGUCGUCUGCUGUCGAAUCAAUCAUCAUCAGAAAAUUGAUGCUGUGCAAAAACGGUACUCUAGAAGCAAAGUCCUGGCUAAGUUAUCGUUCUUAAUAGGAAGUCCAUGGAUCAUAGCUUUUGUCAAUUACUGGAUAAGAGAUAAAAUCCUAGAGUAUAUUUUCUUGGCUUUAAGUGGUUCUCAAGGUCUAUUCAUAAUGAUUUCUUUUGUUUGCACACGACGUGUAAAUGACAUCUUCAGCAGUAUGCUCGCGUAUCAGGCUGUGAAACAGAAUGGAGUUCCUGUAUAUAGGGCAGCCAAGGAAUAUGUUGUUCUAUUAACAACUCUUAGAGACUGUGUUGACAAUAGGGUUGACAUUGACUGUAUUAAAACUGGUCCAGAACCACUUCUGUCUCAAUUUGAGGAGGCCAAACUUGUAAAUCAUUUGAAAGAAUUAGCUUCUGUUCGUUAUGGCUACACAAGGGCAGAAGUACUCGAGUUUAAGCCCCCUAAUAUCGUAGCAGGAAGAGGAUAUCAUCCUCAAGCAGAUAUGCCAGAAAAGAGUAAAACAAUUACAGUAAUUGGUGCUGAGUAUGCACUAGGAAAUCAAAUCCCACCAUACUUUGUUUUUCCAGGUCAGCGGAUGAUGCCGGAACUUAUGAAAGGGAAAUCUGUUGGUGCUGACUGA